AGAGAGAGAGAGAGAGAGAGAGAGAGAGAGAGGCGCGCGAAUCCACCGAGCAAAGUACUGUAUUGUUGGUAAGGAUUUUCCAAAUGGAUGGAACGAAACCAGCUAUGGAGGCGACGAGCGAGGAGAAUCAGGAUGAAAGAGAGGAGAGCAAAGGUUGCUUGGACUGCUGCAUUAAAUGUUUGGGGGGUGUACCAUACGCCUCACUGGUGGCAACCAUCCUGUGCUUUUCGGGCGUGGCUCUGUUCUGCGGAUGCGGGCAUGUAGCACUGACGAGCACCAUGACAAUGCUGGAGAACCACUUCUCCCACAUCACAGCCGACCAUGCCACCCUUGCUGACAUUGUUCAGAUUCUACAGUACAUUAUCUAUGGCAUUGGCUCUUUCUUCUUCCUGUAUGGAAUUAUCCUGCUGGCUGAAGGCUUUUACACGACCAGCGCGGUCAAGGAGAUGCACAGUGAGUUCAAGACCACUGUGUGUGGCCGCUGCAUCAGUGCCAUGUUUGUGUUUCUGACCUACAUCUUGGGCUUGGCAUGGCUGGGCAUUUUUGGUUUCUCUGCUGUGCCAGUCUUUCUCUUCUACAACAUGUGGACCACAUGUGCCGCUAUGAAGUCUCCCAUUGCCAAUCUCACCUCUAUUGAUAACAUCUGUGUGGAUGUGAGGCAGUACGGAGUUAUUCCCUGGAAUGCAAAUCCUGGGAAAGCAUGUGGACAAACCUUGGCUGACAUUUGCAACACAAGCGAGUUCUAUUUGUCCUACCAUCUCUACAUUGUCGCAUGUGCCGGAGCUGGAGCCACUGUGAUUGCACUGGUGCAUUACCUGAUGAUCUUGUCAGCAAACUGGGCGUAUCUAAAGGGUGCGUGUCAGCAGACUCACGCCUACCAGGACAUCAAGACCAAGGAUGAUGGCGAGCUGCAGGACGUGCAGUCACGCUCCAAGGAAGGCCUCAACUCCUACUCGUAAAUGAGGCAGACAUCAAAUUAAUUCCACAAUUAAACACACACACACACACACACACACACACACACACACACACACACACACACACACAAAACAGAGCUAACUAACAUUGCCUAGUAGUGUGCUACAACAACAGUGUGCUAUAGAGCAGUUAUGACCAUGAUAUGGCAUCAGUUAUUGGUUUCACAUGAAAGUCAUAUGAUGUGUUUUACUCAAUGUUGAUAAGAUGAUUUGGAAAUGCAUGGAAAUGCUGUUCUGAAUAGUAAUUAUUCCUGGGUUUUUUGUUAAGAACUAAUGGCUAAGAGUGAAAAUUCCUGGUUAGGACUGUGAACACUGUUGACGUAACACACAACCUCACAGCACUUACUGUCUGCACUAACAUGCUACAGACAUUUUGCAGGAACUGAGUGAACGUGUAUGAAUGUUGUUGUUUUUUUAAUACUUCAUAAUGUAUGCCUGGUUUAAUAUGAAACUUCUCUGAUCUCUUUCUCUUUCGCUUUUAGUUAAUGGUUUCCUAAACAGCUUUUUUUAUUACUAACAUUAUUUUUGGUCUUUUUUUUUUUUUUAUACUGGUACUUGACACCAUGGGUAUAAAAAACGUUAGAUGCCGCAUUAGCCAUUGCUGCUAGACACAGAAGAUUGGUUGUGGAAAGAUCCCGGUCUACUCGCGUAGGGUAAAAUAAUAAGUGCAACUGCCAACAAGACAGUGGUACAUGUUGUAGGUUGGAAAGAAGUUGUCAUGAACAAAAAUUCCUGUCUAAAGCAGACUUUUUUCAGAUAUUUUACAAAAUCACAAAAUGUAUUAAAAUAGACAGUAAUAGUGACAUAAUAAUAAUAAUAAACAUUUAGGAUUUCAGUUAAUUGAUUUCUUACUUAAUCAACUUUUUUUUUUAUUAGAAGUGAAUGAGAAAUACCUUAAAACAGAAAACACUUUUACACCAAUACAAUAAAUAUAAGAAAUAUAAAUUGUCAUAAAGCUUCUAAUACCGAGCAACAGUAAAUCUGACAUAUUUUCACGUUGAUCUGGACUCUAACAGAGGGCGUCAUUACAAUGUUCAGUAUGUAUCCACCAGGUUAGACUGUAAUAUUCCAGAAGUAAUACAUGUCUUUUUUGGUCCACAUCAACUUGGAUGUCUUGUAUAUUAUAAUGAUAAAUGAUUAACUUGCAUUUUCAAAACCACUGUUUUACGUAGCCUCUUUCUCUGAAUUGUACAACAUAUCAACAGUUUCCAAAAAAAAGAAAAAUAUGAUGCACUUCAAAUCAAUAAACUAAACCUGUAAAAUUAUAGCAUUAUGUCUAGGCAUAAUUAAUUAUAGCAUUAUGUUAUAGCAUUAUGUUGUGUUAUAACUCUGAUAUGUUGCACUAUUCUGAAAUCAAAUACUCAUAUAUUUAUUCCGUCUUUAAGAAUUAUUAUCCUACAAGGGAAUUAUUACAAGUUAUUAUUAAUUGUAAACCAAGUAUCUAUUAUCAUUAAACCAAUGAGCAACAAUGUUACUGAAAAAAUUCAAAAGUACAAACAAUUAAGUGGGAAUAUUAGAAUCUUAAUGAAUAACGAAUGUAAAAUUUAAUCUGAGAAAAUAAGGGACCAAUAUAAAUUUAAAAAUUUGAAUAAGAUUUUUAUAAUAAAAAUGUUAGUAUUAGUAUUAAAAUGAAACAAUGAAAAACUAAUAUGAUCAACAGUGGAAUUAAAUAAAUACUACUUUAAUCUAAUAUAACAAAUUAGCUAAAAUACUGCAUGUGAAAAGAAAUAAAUGGACUCCAGGUGGGUGCAUUUUUCCCUCCCAUUCCCCACAGCUGUAAAUGUUCAUCCAGGAGUGAAACUCGCAUUGCAACGGCCAGCACAGAAAUUAUAAAAAAGCUGAAAUUAUGUGGCAUCAUGUGACAUUUCUAGUAGAAAGUGAGACCAAAAUGUGUAAAAUGUCUUAUAGUGAUAGUGGGAAAAAAAUAAAAAAAACGCUGGACCUUCAGUUUCCCAUUAGAAUAUUUAACUUUUAUAAAUAUGCUUUUAGUGGUUCUUUGCUCUCUUCUUGUGGAACUUUUCGUGGCUUGAUAUUUACCAAUUUUUGUGAUUCAACCAGUGAUUCUCUUUAUUAUGUGCAUAUAAAUGUCACCCCCUCCCCCCAAAAACAAACAAAUAAAUAAAUAAACAAAAACAAACUGCCAUGUACAAGUACAGGAUUUUUCCAUGAUUUAUGGAUUUUUAUAAUCAAACCUUGCUUUCACAGCGUUUAUAUAUACUAUAGUAGUGUAAAUCAUUUUAUCACCAGUUUCAACUUUCUCUCUCGCUCUUCUUUCAGACAUCUUUUUUUGAAAGCAUGUUAGUGUUGUCCACUCAUUCAGUGCUGAAUAUUGAAGUUUCUUGCUCUGUGUUCUGUUCUGGUAUAAGGGGACGUGACUGCAGGGAUGUGCCCACAAGUACGUUUUUUUUAUAAAAAGAUGUGUGCCUGGAUGUUUUAUCGUUCCCUCGUUAUUGCAUGAUGGAAAGAUGAUAGUCCUCUUUUUUUCACUCUGUAGGUGAUGUGUAGUCCAUUGUUCUGAUGAAUUAUAAUAGACGGUGUUUUCCCUCCUUUCUCCCUGAUGGUCCCUUGAAAAUAAUUAGCCAUUGUACGUUGAUGGGAUUGUAGUCCUAGAUGUUUCAUAGUCCAUUUGAUUUGAAAAGUUUUAUGAAUCCUGUAAAGUGAUUUUUGUAACCUUCUCUAGUAAAAAUGAUAUUUUCUAUGAUCAA